UGGGAAGCACCCACCCAGCAGACAGCUUGGGAGACUCUGGGGUUCCAGCUAUGGAUCCUGGCUGGGGGGCAGGAAGUGGGAGUCUCAGAGCCCGUGGGUAGCGGUGUCCAUAUGACAUGAUUGCUUAACCUUCCAAAUACCCACCGGGGGGGGAGAAAAGGUAGCCCAGCCAGGUGCUGAGCUGAGGGCAUGAAAAUGGAGGAGCGCUGCAAAUGAAGAUGCAGCAGCAGCAGCAGCAACCACAGCCGCAGCAGCAACAGCCGCAGCCGCAGCAGCAACAGCCGCAGCUGCAGCCGCAGCAGCCGCAGCAAGUGGCAACUGAGCAAUAGAGCUUCGGCCUGACGGCUACUCACUCCGCAGUAUUACCGCUCCUUCCAUCCCUGUGGGGGUCAUGUAACUGCGGCGACAGCUGGCUCCCACUACCUCCUCUCUCUCUCUCCUUUACCCGGCUAAGUCCUGUAUGCUACGAGCGACAAGAUGAAGAAGCAGUUCAAUCGGAUGCGCCAGCUUGCCAACCAGACCGUAGGCAGGGCAGAAAAGACGGAAGUUCUAAAUGAAGACCUUCUUCAGGUAGAGAAGCGCUUGGAGCUGGUGAAACAAGUAUCACAUAGUACUCACAAGAAGUUGACCGCAUGUCUCCAAGGACAACAAGGGGUAGAAGCUGACAAACGAUCAAAAAAGUUACCUCUGACAGCACUGGCCCAGUGUUUAAUGGAAGGGUCAACCAUCUUGGGGGAUGAAACACUUCUUGGCAAGAUGCUGAAAUUAUGUGGUGAAACAGAGGACAAACUAGCCCAGGAGCUUAUCCAUUUUGAAUUACAAGUAGAGAGAGAUGUGAUUGAGCCACUGUUUGUACUGGCAGAGGUAGAGAUCCCAAAUAUUCAAAAGCAGAGGAAGCAUUUAGCAAAGUUAGUGCUGGACAUGGAUUCUUCACGAACAAGGUGGCAGCAGACCUCCAAAUCUUCAGGUUUGUCCAGCAACUUGCAGCCAACAGGUGCCAAAGCUGAUGCCCUCAGGGAAGAAAUGGAGGAAGCCGCAAACCGAGUGGAGAUAUGCAGGGACCAGCUCUCAGCUGAUAUGUACAGUUUUGUGGCCAAAGAAAUUGACUAUGCAAACUACUUUCAAAUGUUGAUAGAAGUGCAAGCAGAAUACCAUAGGAAGUCAUUAACACUAUUACAGAAUGUUUUGCCUCAGAUAAAAGCACAACAGGAAGCAUGGGUAGAAAAACCAUCCUUUGGGAAGCCCUUGGAAGAGCAUCUGGCAGUCAGUGGAAGGGAAAUUGCAUUCCCUAUUGAGGCAUGUGUGACAAUGUUACUUGAAUGUGGAAUGCAAGAGGAGGGCCUUUUUAGAGUGGCUCCCUCUGCUUCCAAACUGAAAAAGCUGAAAGCUGCUCUGGACUGCUGUGUACUGGAUGUGCAGGAAUAUUCAGCUGAUCCUCAUGCCAUUGCAGGAGCUCUAAAGUCUUAUCUCAGAGAGUUGCCAGAACCUCUCAUGACCUUUGAACUCUAUGAAGAGUGGAUUCAGGCUUCCAACAUCCAGGAUCAAGAUAAGAUGCUUCAGGCCCUGUGGAAUACAUGUGAAAAACUUCCCAAGGCUAAUCAUAACAACAUCAGAUACUUGAUCAAAUUUUUAGCUAAAUUGUCAGAAUUUCAAGACACAAACAAGAUGACUCCCAGUAACAUGGCUAUUGUACUAGGACCCAACUUGUUGUGGCCACAGUCAGAUGGGAAUAUUACUGAGAUGAUGACCACAGUUUCUCUGCAGAUCGUUGGGAUCAUUGAGCCCAUCAUCCAACAUGCUGAUUGGUUCUUCCCUGGGGACAUAGAGUUCAAUGUGACAGGUAAUUACGGGAGUCCUAUACAUGUGAACCACAAUGCCAAUUACAGCUCAGUACCCUCUCCUGAUAUGGACCCUGCUGAUCAGCGACAGCCUGAGCCAGCCCGGAGGCCCCUCAGUGUGGCUACUGAUAAUAUGAUGUUGGAGUUUUACAAGAAGGAUGGCCUUAGGAAAAUCCAAAGCAUGGGUGUGAGGGUUAUGGAUACAUCUUGGGUGGCCCGAAGAGGUUCCUCUGUCACCCGAAAAUCAUCUUGUACCCCACCAACUGUGCAGCCUCCUGCACCACCUUCUGACCUUGCUGUUCCACCUCAGUCACCAGUUCCUGAGGAGUUACUUGACAUUUCAGCAACUUCAUCCCAUCCUCCAUCUAACUUUGGCUCCCAGUCUAUGGCUGAGCAGACAAGCACUUUACAAAGCAAGGAGAUUUCUCCAGGGUCUGGGCAAAAGGAGAGUCAAAGCUCCAGUCAUGGGGUCCUCUGUGUGAGUACACAGCCGAUGACUUCUCUCAGCCAACCACCCACAGAUCAGAGCCCUCACACACUCCGGAAAGUUUCAAAGAAGUUGGCACCAAUACCACCCAAGGUCACCUUCAGUCAGUUAGGUGGUAUGACUGACCAGUCUGCUGGCCAGCCAUCCCCAGUCAGCCUGUCUCCUACACCACCAAGUACCCCUUCUCCCUAUGGACUGAAUUACCCUCAAGGUUACUUACUGGUUUCAGGCCAGCUUCCCCCUGCUACAACGCUCUCCCUAUCUACUCCCGUCAUCACAAGCACUUUAUCCAAAUCUCGGCCCACUCCUAAGCCCCGACAGAGGCCCACGCUGCCACCUCCACAGCCUCCUACAGUAAACACUUCUGGCUCUGGUUCACAGUCUGUGGACCACCUUGUGAUAGAUGGCAUGUCCUCUGGGGAAAGCAUGUCUACAGCUGUUUGACAAUGAGUGGCGCAAUUGUGGAUAAGUAUGAGGGGGAUUUUCAGGCUAGAAUGGGGUUGGCCUAUCAGAGCCAAGCCUUGAUAAGAAUGUUUUCUGGAGCUGCCCAAGAAACAAGAAAUAAACUCCUUUCCAUAAAGGUCAGUGAAAGGGGUUCACAAGGUUGAACGACUUCAUUUUCCUUUGUUUUGUGGGGAGCAGUGCUACAGAAGAUCUAUUUUGCUUCCCCCUCAAGUUGCUCUGGGUACAUAAUGACCAAACAGUGGUAGGUAUGUAAAAGUGUAUUAAAUAUAUAUUAUAUAUUCAAUCAGCCUUGUGCUGUAUCUUGCCAAAUGACAUGACAUAAAUAAGAACAAACCCAAAGGAAGAGAAAGCACACAUUUUGCAAGUUCUUUUUACUUUGGGGGUUGGGGGUAAAGGAUUGUAGUUUUCAGGCUUCUUAUCUGAGGAUGCUAGGAGUUACUUUCAAAUUUCCACCAGAAAAAAUCUGACUCAGGUUGCUUGCAUUGCAUCAUCACAGAUCUUUUAAUUUUUUUCUUUGAGGCAGGGUGGAGUCAGAAGGUAGAGGCAGGUAGAUAAUCCCAUUUGAAAAACCUGCACUUUGCUGUUUCCACUAUCCAGUGUUUGGAGCUCUGCAGCUCCUUAAUGAUUCCACAUUUCUUUAACACUAGCUUAGCAGUCCUUGAGAACCCAUUUAAGGCAGUGUAGAUAACAGGAUUAAAUCAAACUACAGUUAUAAUUUUUAUGUUAACUCAAACAAAGGGUAAUUUUACAAGUUAAAGAUGUUCUAGGAUUUCCACAUACACAAUGGUCUUAUGGUGGGCACUUUUUUCCUGCUAGUCAUAGAAAGUCCUUUCCAUCCCACCCUGACUCCCAUGAGGAAAAGGUCUUUGCAAGGGAACUAAAGUAACCUUAAGGGUAAUCAAAGGGGAUUUUAGAUCUGUCAUAACAGGGGAUAGUUGCCAGAUCUUCUUUAUGACAAGGUGUCUGUUUUGGGCCAGUGUAUUGUGACUGGAAUUAGAGUUAGAGAUCCAAUUCUGGUCAAUGCACCUCAUGUGCAACUGUUUCUUCAAGUGACAGAGAUCUAAUCUAUCUCCAGCUAUUUCUAGGCUUGUUGGGGUAAGGAGCCCAGCGAAGCGCUGCUUCUAUAAAGGGGGUGGGAAGCAUCAAAUUUACCUUCUUAAGCUCUUCAUGGGAAUUGGCUAGGCAAUUAACUGGGGUUUUUUUCUCUCCACUAUGACACUGAAAUAGGACAAAAUUACCAAUAUAGGGUUACUUCAUAAUUUAGUGCAAUAUGAAGUGACUACUGUGAACUGGAAUUUGGGGGUAGAAUCUAUAUGUCUUAGCCUCUCCACAACCUUAUUAUGAGUAGGGAAAAUAGGAACAAGAGCCUAAUCACAAACAUCUCUCAUCUUUGCAUUAAAUAGUAUGCUGUCAUAAAUGCAUCAUCUCUUAAAAAAAAAAGUGUGUACGAGUGUGUGUGUUGGGGGGGUGGGGCAGGGAGGGGAGGUUGUAGUGUGAUGAUGGUAAUGGGAUGAGCCACAACUCCCUGCUUCCUAAUGCUGACUCUACUUCCAUCUUUUUAGCAAGAGGCAUUAUUUCAAUUAUUUUUCUCUGCCCAUUUCCAGAUCUUGUCCACUUUGAUAUCCCUUCUAUCCACGUAGAGCUUGGUUCUUCACUCCACCCCGGUCUCCUGGAGCACAUGACAAGACAAUCAGGGAAUGAGAAAAGAGACUCAGAGGAAGAGUCAGAAAGCACUGCCCUUUGACACU